AUCAUCCAGUCCAAUGCCACCAGUGAAACAUCAUCAACAACGACAUCGCCAAAUAACUGAUUCGAUAUCUUUACCAAACUCAAAGAUCGACAAGGAGGAAUGUGAAGAUGAAUGGAUUAAUGUGGAUUCCAUGAACGACCGUGAAGUGUCGAGUACCAAUGAGCUAUGGCGGGACUAUGGCGAAAGGUCCUAUCAGCAGUGGAGAAUCACGGAGAGCAGACUGCUUCGUCAGAUCAAAGAAUUGAAGAAGAGAGUGUCGUCCUUGCAGUUCAAGCUCAAGGAAAACAAAGUCAACGAUAAGAAAGUCAUCGGCUACUUAAGCACCGCCUUGAACGAAAUGCAGUUGGAAUUCAUCAAAAUGCAAAUAACCAACCGGGGUAGACCGAAGCACGGCAGGCGAUAUACUGCAAAACAAAAAAGCAUGUGCCUCGCCAUAUAUAAACAAGGACCGAAACUCUACAGAUUUUUGGGAUCCGGGUUCGUCUUACCAACUAAAAAAACUUUGGGACGGCACAGUGCAAAUAUGAUAUUCACAACCGGAGUCGAUUUCAAAGUGCUCAAAGCUGUGAAAAAUGUGGUAGAUGAAUGGCCAGAAGCAGACAAGUACUGUACGAUAAUGUGGGAUGAAGUGUCUUUACAGGAGCACUUAGACUACUGCUCUACUCAAGACAUCAUCGAGGGUUUUGUUCAACUGACCAAUUCAAGAAUACCUAAAUUUGCAACACACGCUCUGACUUUCAUGGUCAGAGGCAUCAAAAUACAAUUUAAACAGUCGGUGGGUUACUUCUACACAAACGGUCUGUUUGCGUUUGAAUUAGUUGAACUAAUUAAACUCAUGAUCGGGGCCACGAUUAACAUAGGUAAGAGCAUUGUCGUGUGAAAGUGAUAAGACAACUAAAGUCCUUCUUUUAAUUAUAAAGGUCUGAACCCAUUACUGUCUGUGUGCGAUCAAGUCGGCACGAACGCGAACGCAGUUAAUUUGUUGUCCAAUCCUAACCGUCCACCAAGAAAUGAUGGGCGGUUAUUGGUGUAUACGGUAAACGGUCGUCGAAUAAUUCACUGCUACGAUCCGUCUCACUUGAUAAAAACAAUGAGAAACAACCUCGAG